UUUCGUGUAAUUCGAGAGGCGCUGACGUGCGCCUGCUCGGCCGUCGGCGGAUGUCAAAGGCGUCAGAAACGAGGGGAAGACUGUCUCCGGCCUGAUGCCGUUUUGCUUCCGCUUACAACUGUCGCCCUGCCUAUGCCUAUGUGUCCGUUCUUCAACCGGCCGGAACCCCGCACAUCCUUUCCCGCGCCCAGAGACAAAGAGCGGCGGGCCUCCGCGAAGCCACGGUGUUCCAACCGAGGAACUCACGGCCGACGCCGAACGGUGCGCUACACUGCGUAGUGAUCCGCACGCCUUGUGAAUCGAACGCUGCGUAUACGAGUGCCCCGAUCGGCGGCGAAUCUUGGCUCUUCGUCGUUGCGGCUGGCUCGGCCAGACUGGAAAACGAAAGACGGAUCAUGCAUUUUCGGGGGACCUGCCUUUGUCUUCUGGCCAGCAUGGUGUGCUGUUCCGGCCAAGGAUCCGGGGGAGACCAUGGUCACGAGGAUGAUCGGUUCACGGUUACUGUUGGCGAGCUUCUGACCUUCGACGACGCUCGCGCUUUCUGUGGCCCUGACAAGUACCUGCUCAGCCUGCAUACCACCUAUGACGUUUCUCAUGUGCAAGCAACGCUGCAGCGACAUGGCCUUGGUUCGUCAUACGUAUGGCUGAACAUGCGGAUGAUACAGGGGUUCUUCCACUGGCUAGACCCCGUUCCUCAACUUUUCAGGCAAAAGUAUAACUCGGCAUACGGAAACGAGAUCACUUCCUACAGCUUUCACCACGGCUGUGCCGUCCUUAACACUUCUGUCGGCUCAAUUGAGACGAGACCGUGCGACGACAAACACCAGUUCCUCUGUAUUCAGGACAACCUGCUGCGGCCACGCAACGUGUCAGAUGGCGCACUGAGCGUGGAGCUGAGGUCUGACCAGUCACCGAUUCUCCUGAGCGGGAACCUGCCCGAUCUCAGGCUCACGUGCCGUGCCAAGUCGCGCAACGGUAUGUUGUUGAAAGAGGAGUGGCUGGGCAACUACGCGUACGCUCACGUGUGGACCAAGAAUGGCAUCUUCCUCGACAACACGUACCCAUCUCUGCAGCCAGAGAAAGCGAGCGAGCUUAAUGCAUACAUACACAGCAGCCCGUCCAGCCAGGGUAGAUACAGAUGCGGACUGAAGGCGCUGCCAUCGGGCCGCACCGUCUGGUCGAAUGUCAUCACCGUGGUGCUCGAAGACUACGACACCUAUCGUUUAACUGGGCAUUUACCUGCCACUGUCGAUCCUGGACCUAUACAAUUCGUUGGCAGUAGUUUUGCUUACUUCGCAAGAGGCAUACAAAUGGCUUUGAAUCGCCAGCAGGACAUUGAGAUACUUAUGCCUCAGCAGGAGGCAGCCAGUUUGAGCUAUUCUGGACUAACAAUAGAUGACAUGAACCGCAUAAAUAUCAGCAUAUUUGUUUACUAUCAACGAGCAGAACUUGCUUCGCUCGCAGACGGCGAGACUAGAGAGCAGACCGUCUUCAAUGACAGCAUCGCUAUCAGGGACUUGCUUGUAAUUAACAAUAUUACCGACGUCGUGCACUGCGACUCCCUGCAACAAGGAACUUUCGCUUUCCACUCUGAAGGCCACGUCGGAUUCAUAGAAUCCACACCACAAUGCCUGACUGAAUCCAACAAACUUGUUUCUCGGUCUUGCGAUAUUAAUUUCGAGUCGAAGCCGACUUGGGGUGCAUUCAACGAGUCGACGUGCAAGGCGGGAACAGAUUCUCGAGUGUUCGACGUGCACACGGAUACACACCACCUGCUGUGCAGUCCGCAUCACUGUGUGCCGAAGAAUGUGAAUGGCACCUGGUUAGAGGUCUCGCAGCAGUGCAAGAACAUGGGUGGCUACCUCGCCAGUGCUGGUCCAGGAAGCUGGACUGACAUCGUCAGGAAGCACGGACAUCUUCAGUCGGACAGUGCUGCACAUCCUGAGGUUCUGGAAGCAUUACAAAUGUCGGAGUUGCUGCCACCAAUAGUCUUGCCCGUAGGCUUGGGAGGAGACAGCUGCUUCAUUGUCAGCCCAGUCCAGCACCAGCUUCAAUCAGCAGAGGAAACUAUCAUGCAAACCUCAUGCUCUGAUACACUGGAGGGAAGGUGCGCGUUUAGACAACGCUCUUUCUUUCGUGGUAUGUACUCGUGAAAAAUUUCGUCCCUAGAUUGCCUUUUUAUAUAAUUUAAGAACAGAGGAGAGGUAUGUAAGAACUAAAAAGCUGGACAUUCGCUCAGAG